AUUGGAUAGGUAUUUAGAGUUAGAUCAAAGUUCUAUUUCAACACCGUCCACGCGGAUAUGGAUAUACAAUUUCUCAUAUUGUUAACGUUAUUUACAAAGUCAAACUGUGAUUUAGUAUUAAAACAGGUUCUUAUACUAAGUAGGCACAAUGUGAGGACACCUUUGGCUAAAAAUCUUGAGUUAAUGACUCCAAAAAUUUGGCCAGUAUGGAAGGAGAAAAGAGGAUAUCUUACUGCAAAGGGAGCAUUGUUGGAAGGCUUUAUGGGUGCAUAUUUUUCUAAAUGGCUGCAAAAAGAAGGUUUACUGACUGACCAGUGCCCCACAGAGCAAGAGUUGUAUGUCUAUGCCAAUAGUGCUCAACGGACUGUAGCUUCAGCCCAAGCGUUUGUCGACGAUGGGUUUCCAGGCUGCAAUGUUACUGUACACUCACAAACAAACAGCGAUCCCAUCUUCAACCCCAUAGUGCACAAUAAAACAGCCGCGUACAAACAAGAAGCGUUAGACCAAAUGCAAAAGAAACUGAGAUUAUUAUCAUUGAAAUCUUGCUAUGACCAAAUUGAAAAAAUAUUAGAUUACGAACAAUCCAAACUGUGCCUCGAGCAAGGCAAGUGUGACUUGAAUACAGACAAGAAUCAACCGUACGUCGCCGCCGGUGCUAAACCGAAUUUAACAGGACCAUUGAAGAUAAGUAAGUCAGCAAUUGAUUCAUUCAUUAUGGAAAACUAUGAAGGAUUUCAUUCCAAUGAGGUUGCUUGGGGAAUGUUACCGAAUGAACAGAAAUGGUAUUCCAUUAUCGACCUUAGUAGGGGGUAUCAUAAUGUAAUUUUCAAUACCACAGUCAUAGCAAAAGAUGUGGCGAAGCCUCUUGUGAAAUACAUGUCCGAAAUGCUACUUAAAGAUGAUCCACCAAAGGUGCUUUUUCUAAUGGGACAUGAUGCAAAUAUCUAUACCGUAUUAAACUUGAUGGGAUUUAAACCCUACUAUUUGGAAAAGCAGUACGAGGUCACACCAGCAGGUGGGAAAAUCGUCUUCCAAAAAUGGUGGGAUAAGAAAAUUAAGCAGUAUUUCUUGAAAGUUAAUUACGUAUAUCAAAGCACAGAUGGGAUGAGAAAAGGUUACAGGUUGUCGUUAGAAUAUCCUCCAGAAUUUACACUAUUGGAGCUAAACGGAUGUACCAUAAAUAAUGAAGGUUAUUGUCCAUGGCAAGACUUUAAGAAGUUAUUAACCAAGUUCAUUUCAGCAUAGAGACUAUAUUUUAUAUUUAGUUUUGGCAAACACAAACGAACACAUGACCGAUCAAUAUAAAAACAUGCCAAA